GAGCUUCAACAGAACACACCGAGGCGUAUGGCUGGGCCCUGGAGGGCAUGCGUCAGCUAGCUGCUGUCAGUAUGGAGGACUGCACGCUGCCGGACAAAUGCUCUGCUGUGAUUGGCUGUCUGGAGGACUACCAGCGCCAGCACACGCCCAUUCCGGACGCCCGUUUCCAGGAGAUGCAGGCGGUGGCCGGCGAGCUGCGCGGCGAGCGCGGCCUCCGCCAGUGGAGCUUCGCCUGGUCCAAGUGUCAGGAGACCAAGAGGAUGUUCGACAGGAAGAUGGAGGCCGCGCUGCACACACGGGACUCGUCCCGGCGCCGGCGCUCUGACUCCGCCUCCUCCUCCUCCAGGAGAACGCUGUCGGGACUCUGGGGCGUCCACGAGACGGAGGAGGACAGCAACACCUCCUCCUCGCCUCCUCGUCCUUCCUCGCUGCUUCCCCUCACCUCCUCCACGCCACAGCGCACGCCACAGCAGACGCCACAGCAGACGCCACAGCGCACGCCACAACAGACGCCACAGCAGACGCCACAGCGCACGCCGAUGCUGCAGCGUCUGUUCCGAAGCGUUUCCUCCGAUGUCUCGGCAGAAAGCUGCUCCCCCAGCCCCUCUCUUCCUCGCGUCUCCUCUUCCUCGUCCUUCCUGUCGUCCGUCCGGCGCCAGACGCUCAGGAAGACGCAGAGCUUCGACUGCCCGUCCACGCCCGAGGCGGCGCGCUACUCGCCGUGCCACCGCGCCCUGAGCGAGCCGGCGCGCCGAGGAAACACGGGCGUGUUCAUCCGCGGCCUGGAGGUCAGCAGCUCAGAGGCCGCUGACCAGACGCUGUGCCCCAGGAAGGGCUCUCUCGGCUGGGCAGGACCGGGACCGCGCAGCCCCCCGAGGACCACAGGCAGCCCCGCGGCAUCAGACCCCCGGCCCAGGGGAAGUAAGCUGCGCCACGUGGUGGAGGAGAUGGUGACCACGGAGAGGGAGUACGUGCGCUCUCUGCGCUACAUCCUCCAUCACUACUUCCCCGAGAUGGAGCGCCCAGACCUGCCCCAGGACCUGAGGGGCAAACGCUCGGUGGUCUUCGGGAACCUGGAGAAGAUAAUGGACUUCCACAGCCAGUUCUUCCUCAGAGAGCUGGAGGCCUGCUGGAAGCACCCUCUCAGAGUCCCCCACUGCUUCCUCAGACAU